AUUCGCAGGACACAAUGCUCACUCCAGAGUUGUUUCUACUCUAUGGAUGCAAAUAAGUAUCAAAUCAAAGAUAUUAUUAAUUUCUUGCUGUUUGUUGUGAUUGUGAUGACUAAAGUUAGUUGGUAGCGAUAAGCGUGUCGAAAAAAUGUGGAAGGAAAUAAAAUCAGGACAGAAUGUGUUAGUGUUGUGGGGAAAAUCAUCGGCGGGAGGAACUCUGGAAGAUGUAGUGAAAGAAGUGAGGAAUGUUACGGGAGCAAACGGGAACGUAGCCGUGGAAAAUGCGGAACGUUUAACAAUGGCUGCUUAUCCAACAUCAUCGUUUGAUGCAGUGUUAUCAGGAGUUACAUUCCCUCAGACAGUGAGGCACAGGCUUCAAAUCUUAGAAGAGAUUAUCCGCAUUAUGAAACCACAGGGCAUCCUAAUCUUGCAAGAACCUGUAAACAUUGGCAAGCAAUCGGAAGUUCUAAUAAGCAAAGAAAAACUGCGCAGUGAACUGAAAAUUGCUGGCUUAAAAAACGUGUCAGAUUUCAGGACUGUUGAACUCACCAAUGAUGAAAAGCAAUUAAUCAAGGAUCUUUUACAUGAGAAUGAUGAUGAUUUCUGCAUUGUAGAAGUUCAGUGUUAUAAACCGGAUUUUGAGGUAGGGUCUUCUGUAAAAUUAUCAUUUGGUGGCAGUUCGAAAAUAUCUGCUGAGAAUGAUAUCAAACCACCUGUGGAUGUAGCUGCAGUCUGGAAACUUGAUGAUACAGUUGAUGACAGUGUAGAGACAAUUGAUGCUGACCAGUUGCUAGCUGAAGAGGAUCUCCAGAAACCUGAUCCUAGCAAAUUAAGGGUAUGUGGGACUACUGGCAAAAGGAAAGCUUGUAAGAAUUGUUCAUGUGGUCUAGCAGAAGAACUUGCUGCUGAAAGUACAACAAAAGCUGCAACUGCCCCAAAAACAUCAUCCUGUGGAAAUUGUUAUCUUGGAGAUGCUUUUCGCUGUGCCUCAUGUCCUUACCUUGGGAUGCCUGCUUUCAAACCUGGAGAGAAGAUUCAACUAUCUGAUUUUCAGUUAAAAGCUGAUGUAUGAAAUUAUUAUGAAUUAUGUCAAGGUCACACCAAACAAAAUUUGUGAUAAUAUUUAUUUGGGUAAUAUAGCAGUAUUUUGCUUAUAAUUUUACAUUGAUUGUAUUAAUUGUCUACUGCUACAGAUAACAGGGUAGAAAUGCAAUUAAGGUAUUAGAAAACAACUCUUCUUCAUUGAAUGAAGUUGCACAGUAAAUAUGAAGAGUAUUUAUUGAUAUGUGAACAGAACAGAAAAUUAUGAUUCACGUAGAACUUACUGAUCACUGUACUUGUUGUCAUCUUAUGGCGUAUUGCUACAAUAAAGCCAACCAUAUCAAGA